GUUCGUUUGCUGGUGUUUCUGAUGGAAGCAUACGAAGAGGAUUUAAAUUAUGACGUACCAGAAUCUCUCAAGCGAAGUCGGUUUUCUUUUUUCUGCCAAUUCCAGGCUUUUCUAAAGAAAAGCUUUACUAUUCAAAGAAGACAGCAUGUCACCAAUCUGAUCUUGGUCACCUUUCCAUUCUUUAUGGGUAUAUUGUUAGGGGCGUCGCAAUACAUGGUAAAUUCAUUUAUCUCUAGCUCUCCGAUAGAUUUGUAUACCGAGGAGAUAGAACAUCCGCUUUUGACUCCGCAUAUUAUCCACGCACAUGAAGGUGACGUAGCACAGGCGUCUUAUCUCCCUAGUGCAGUGUUGUACGAUUCGCACAACCUGCCAGAUGUUGGGGUGUAUGGUGGGCCGGACCUGGACGGAGAAGAGAUUCCAGAUGGAAUACGCAAAUGGGUGGAGUCUAAUUGGGGUGUUCCGAGAGGAAUUUUGGGCAAUUGUUCAACGAGUCCCAAGGAGUUGCUUGGAAUUGAUACCGAGUACAAGUCUACCAAUUCGUAUUCUCAAAAGGCGCUAGAGAGCCUUUACCAGGCAAUACCUUAUUUUGUUCACUUGAGUCAAGGCCAGACGAUGGAAUCGUCUAUUUUAGACAGCUGGUAUCAAGGGGGAUACUCAUGGGCAUAUGAAUUUGUCAAUGCGAGUCUUAGUCAGCGAAUUUUGAAUUACAGUAUUUUUUACAACCACACCAGUGGUGCGCAAAUCAGUAUUCCUGUAUUUGAAAAUUUCAUUUCGAAUGGUUUUUUUCGCGCAAUUCGCAGCUCCCGUCCUAAUUCCUAUUUGAAGAACCUUGGCAGCAAGGACUUCCCUUCGCCGCGAAAGAUCAACAGCUUGAACGUGAUUAUAUCUGGUAUCCCGCUUCUUCCGGUUGUUUUGGCUUUACUCAACAUGAUACCGCCGGUCACGUUGUUUCGAGGUUUGAUCAUACUCGCGAAUCCGUUCAAGGGAAUGUCAAUAGACAGACCUGAAUACAUAACGGACAUGAAUCUUUAUAAGACGUGUAUGUAUCUCGCAGCACAAUGCGUGGUGUUUGGGGUGCUGGCCUUUUACUUCGACCAGGUGUUGCCGAUCGGCCCUGGACUGAAGAAACACUAUUUUUUUUUCUUGCCGAAGAGAUGGCGCCCGUCCAGACGCACAAAAAGUGAGAAGAAGAUGCUUGAGAAGCUGAUGGAGAACAAGACAGAGCCAGAAAUGACAGAGUUCGAGGAAGCAGACGCCCGCGGAGAAAAGACGCUGGAAAUAUGCGGCUUAAGCAAGAUCUUUCUGAGGCGUCCAGUGAAGGUCGCGGUGAGAGAUUUGUGGAUGAGCAUUGGGAAGGAUGAAUGCUACGGGUUUUUGGGUCCGAAUGGAGCUGGGAAGAGCACGGUGAUAUCGAUGGUUUGCGGCUAUUUGAGACCGUCGAGUGGAAAAAUUUGCAUCAAUAAUAAGAACCUGCUUGAGAAUCGCGAGAAAAUUCACUUAGAGUUGGGAGUGUGUCCUCAAAAUGACGCCCUCUACGACAAGCUGACGGGUCCAGAGCACUUAGAGUUUUACGGUAAGAUGAAGAACCUCUCUGGAGACCAGCUCAAGGAGAACAUACGUUAUUGGCUCCAGAAAGUGAACCUGUGGAAGAAAAAGGACAGGAACAAGUUGGUGAGCGAAUACUCUGGAGGAAUGAAGAGGAGGUUGUCAGUAGCGUGCGCUUUGAUAGGAUAUCCGAAGUUGGUGUUAUUGGAUGAGCCAACAACGGGGCUUGAUCCGGCGAGUCGAAACGAGUUGUGGAAAUUGAUCAAGAUAUUCAAGACAAAAUCAGCGAUUUUAUUGACGACUCACUCGAUGAAAGAGGCAGAGGUUUUAUGCGACGUGAUAGGGAUCAUAGUACAAGGCAGUUUGAGAAUAACUGGGCAGGCGCCGGAACUCAUCCGGACGAGAUGUCAAUAUUACGUCAUCAAGGUGAGUUUGACAUUAGACAAUGUCGAAGAAGUUAUUGAAAGUCUUCAGUCGUUCUCUCCGGAAGUUGUUUUCAUCGGCAGAUUGGCCAACCAAUACACAUUCGAAAUUCCGACAAAGGAUGUCUUGCUUUCUAAGUUCUUCUCGUUUAUGAAGAAGGAGCGAAAAAGGCUGAAGAUGCGAGACUGGGCCAUUCACAAUUCCACUCUUGAGAGAGUGUUUAUGUCCGUUGCGGCGAACAGCACUGAAAGUGAGUGCUUGAACACCUCAACGACUUCAGAGUGCAUUGCUUCUAUUUGGAACCAGCUGAAGGGCAAAUUCUGUCGAAGGUAAAACAGUUUACGAGGUGGUUCAACGGUUCUUUGGUGCAAACUGGCAUUUUAAGCCAUUUGCGUCGGUUUGAGACACUUUCGUCCAAAAACUGAAGGCCAGAGCAAAGGCGUUUCAGUCGGACUUACAAUCGUGCAUGUCGCGCGGACUUUAAAAUUGUGCGAUUUUUUUUUACACAAAAAGAUCAUCAGUUAAA